CAAAAGCUUUGAAGACCCCUUGUGAAAUCCAUAGCAACCAAGUAAGCAGCUUUCAAGAGUGGGUUCUGCAUUGUGCUUGGUGCCUGUUUCAUCAUAAGCAAAUAAACAAUGCUAUUUUUACAGAACAAAAAGUCCUCUUUCUCCAUUCUUUUUCUCCUUCUUCUUCUCACAUUUCAACCACUCAGUUCAUCCCAACAGCUCAAGAAAAAUGUGGAAUUCAAUACAAGCAAGAAAGAUCACAGCCAGAAGAUUAGUUCCAGCUUACUAUUUGAUAUCACACUCCAUGGAUUUCUUCUAUGGGCUUCAAUGGGGUUCCUUAUGCCGGUUGGGAUUCUAGUUAUCAGAAUGUCCAACAGAGAGCAAUGUGGAAGAAGGCUGAAGUUUUACUUUUACAUUCACACAAUUCUACAGAUACUCUCUGUAUUACUAGUCACAGCUGGAGCAGUCAUGUCUAUCAAGAAAUUCAACAAUGCUUUCAAUAAUAACCAUCAAAGAAUAGGGAUUGGCCUAUAUGGGAUGAUCUGGUUACAGGCAUUGAUUGGAAUUGUAAGGCCAAAGAGGGGCUCUAGAACAAGGAGCCUAUGGUUUUUCAUACACUGGAUGCUUGGCACUGCAGUAUCUCUCCUAGGAGUUUUCAAUGUAUACUCAGGAUUAUUUGCUUACCACGAGAAAACGUCACGAAGGAUACGAAUUUGGACCAUAAUUUUCACUGUUGAAAUUUCUUUGAUUUCCUUCUUUUACCUAUUCCAAGACAAACUGGAGUAUAUACAAAAGCAAGGAGUUAUUUUGGGCAGUGAUUUGGUAACACCUACUGAUCAAGGGCUCUCACCAAAUGACAAGCAAAAGGAACUGCCUACUGAUCCAUGCUGAAGGAGUAAACAGAGUUGUCAAAAGGUUGUUUUCACUAACAUGAGAUUGUUGUCACUCUUCUUAUCAUUUCUCUCUUCUUAUUGGGAUUUGUAAGUUUCAUUUUCUAGAUUUUGUUAGAGACGGAGAGUGAAUGUUAUUGUUCUUCACUCGUCUCUCGUGCUUUCCAAAGCUCGAGGCUCACUUGACUAAAGUGCAAUAGCCCUUUAGGGCUUCAGUUUUUUUUAAGAAUGUAAAUAAAUUUUUUAUAAUGUAAAGGUUAAGAAAAUUGAGUGUUUUUUGAGA